GGAAGCCUAGUUGGGAAAAGGACCCCAGUAUGAUGAAACCGCUAGCUUACGACAAUGCUGAUGAUACCCCAACGAACCGUACUAUCGUCACGAACGAAUGGGAGUACCUGAGUCGGAAGCCAGCACAGCCUAACAAAGAAACAAGCAUC